GCUGUUGUCACGAGGUAACCUAAUUUUACUAAACGUCUCAUUUCGUUUAUUUAUAUCGAUAUUUACACGAUAUUUAAAAUUUACCUACGCGUUUAUUUAUUCGAAGGCAUUGGUAUCGCCUUUAUUAAACCGAAUCUUACAUAUACACCACGGCGGGUGGUCAAACACGUGUAAAGUCGGGAGCGUUACCAUCUUUUAAACCUGUUGUGGACAAUCUAUCAGAUGAACUUACAAAACCAACGCCGCAGCAACGUCGAGAUGUUUCCGCCAUCAGACAGAUAGUAGUGUCAUCUUCUUUUAGUUCAAUAUUUUCGUCCGGAAGAUCGACACUUUGGUCCGCUACCGUACGAAAUGCAGUGCUGAAUAGUGUCGCACCCAUUCUACAAACUCACAUGGAACAAAUACGCGACACUCCUACAGCUAUACCACAAGCUGUAUCUCUCACAAGUGCUGAGGUAUUCAUUGGGAGGCUGAGUAAAGAUGAUAGGCUAUGAAACACGUUUACCGGAGAGCCAUCAGUUGUUACUUUGCAAAGGCUGUUUAAAUAUUGGGAUGCUAUUGCACACUUGAACAAAAUGCGACACUAUAAUGUGCGUGUACGCACAAUGCUGGCAAGAGAACACUACUCUAACAAUGUCAGUGUAGAUGUUGACGAAGAGAUUACGCCACCCCCAAAUAUGUAGGACGCAGAUUUUACAUUCAGACCCAAAUGGGACAGACUGGACCUUUGUGAACAAUUUAUAUGCUGGAUAACACAACUUCGCUACAACCGUUAUACCCCUGCUGACACAUGUAUUCAAUUUGAUAUUUCACGCAUACAGCCAAGACCGUGUAUAUUACUAGAACAUAUGCAGUAGUGGAGAUUAUACGUAAAAGCCAGUCAAUACCAACAAACCGACAAAAUGCAAAGCACGUCCAGCAACACAUGUCUACAAAUAUGUGUCUUUUGACUGAGUGCAGUCCGUGGUUUUUGGACUGCACCGGAAAAAAAACUGAGGAUCCAUACAAUAUAGCACCUGCAAUCCAUACAUAUUUUCCAUGGAUAAGAUGGGUGCAACUAGCAAACAUUGUGGUUGCUAUAGUCACAGCUCCUAACCCUGGAUCCGCAACCGAUAAUUCCAUUGUAAAAAAUGAUUGGUUUGGAUAUAGGCUAUCGUGUGUAUGUUGUAGUGCUGUAUUUGUAUUCGACAAAGGAUUGACGGAUAAGCACAAGCUAGAAACAGACGGUGUGCACGUAAUUUGUCCCCGGAAGAAAGCCCGGGGACAAAUUGCUUUUGACGACGAAAGAAAACACGGCGACAAACAAAUAGUGGUAUAUCGCAUCCACAUAGAACGAAAUAACGAAGAACUACAAAACCAUUGCACAUGGGAUGGUGGAAGAUUAACUCUUUCGAAGGUAGAUUUGCAUGUACAAGAAUCGGAAUGUAUAAGAGGCGUGGUAAACUUAAAGCCUCCUAUACAUGACUGGUUCUUGCCAUUAAAUUACAGAAUAUCCCAACCAAAAAAGAGAAACAUACCACAAGGAGCCGAAACUGUAUCGCUGAAAAAGAAACGUGCUACACUGUCCAAGAUAUAAAAAUAAAAUAUCUUAUUCAAUA